CACAGCCUCCCGCUCAGGGCGCCAGGCCUGAGGCGCAGCAGGACGGCAGUGAGUGGGCACCACAGCUAGCUGCCGAGGGCCUGUGACAGGGUGCAGCAAUGCUCAUCUCGGCCUCAUUGAUACCCCCGGAGGCAGGUGGCCCAAGCCCCCAGGGGCCCCCAGGACCCCCACCGCCUGUGCUGCCCAAGCCAGGGAAGGACAACCUUCGUCUGCAGAAACUUCUGAGGAAGGCAGCCCGGAAGAAGUUGGCCGGGGGCGGGCCCCCCACCCCACUGGCGGCCUUCCGCACCUCCCUGUCCCCUGUGAGUGAAGCCAGCCACGACCAGGAGACCCCGGUCCCCCGCCCCGCUGAGGCCCCCUGCCCCACGGAAGUCCCCCACACGGUGGCCACCCUGCCCCACUGCCCACACACCCCCGUCAUCCACCACGUGGCGUCACCCCUGCAGAGGUCCACCUUCUCCUUCAGCCUCACCCAGCACAGGAUCCUGGCCUCUCACCACAGGGCCCCAGGGCCCCGGCCUGAAGCCCCCAGCCCAGAACCUGAUCGGCUCCACCAGAGUUUUGCCCCUGUCUUGGCCCUGGCUGGAGGGGACACCCACCUCACACAGAUGCACAUACAACUGGUGCCAUCCCCACAUGCUGGGACCCCAGAGCCCCCCAAGACGGCACAGGAAGGGGGGCCCAGCAGCCAGGAUGGAGACACAGCCCCAUGCCCUCCCAGCGCCCAGCCCCUGAUCCCCGUGGCUCACAUCCGGCCACUGCUCGCUGGGGCCCAGUCUGCCAGUCCCCAGCCUGAGGAGGCCCCUGUGCCAAGGCUCCCACCCGGCUUCCAGGCCUCAGUGCCCAGAGAGGCCAGCACCAGGGUUGUUGUGGCCAUAGCACCCACCUACCACUCGUCAGGACACUCUCCUUACAUCCCAGCCAAUGGGGCCCCCCAAGCUGAACACCUGCAGGAGCCCCCCACAGCUGGCUCCACCACUGAGGCUGCAUCCCCUGCCCCACCUUCGGGCUCCCACCCAUGCCCUGUCCCCAAAGUGACGCCCAAGCCCCGGCUCAGUGGCUGGACGCGCCUCAAAAAGCAGCUGAUGGAAGAAGCUGAGGAGCCCCCGUCCCAGGGGCCGCGGCAGAGCCUGGAGCCUUCGGGGCAGGAGGUGACCACCCUGGCCGGCGCCCGGCCCCCCACCUCCCGGGCCUGCAAGAUGUGGGAUGCGGUGCUGUACCGCAUGUCAGUGGCCGAGUCCCGCAGCCACCGGGUCGGGCCCGGGGACAGGGAUUGCUCCCUGGCUGGCCUUGCCCGCCUGCCCCUCCUGUGCCGGCCUCGCUUCAAUGCCCGGAAGCUGCAGGAGGCCAGUCGGCCCCCUCCCAUGUUCCACUCCACGCAGGAGCUGAGCCCCCCACCCAAGAACUUCAACCGGACAGCAGUUGGUUGGAGGCUGCAGUGAGUGGCCAGAGCAGCCCCCGGGGCUCAGGACCACAGGGCAGACAGAAGAGGGGCCUGAGUCUCUAGCGGGGAGGUCAGAGCCCUUACAAGAGGAAGCCCCAGGGCGAUCUGGGCUCGGGGUGUCAGGAGAAGCCUGGGAAGGGAAAACCGGGGUGCCAAGGGGAGUGGUGGUGUGGAGGGGCAGGUCAGGUGGACGGGGCAGGAGGGACAAGCUGCAGAGGUGGAAGAAGACGGGAGCAUGUGGGGUUCAACAGUGUGGAGGGGAACAGGGAAGGGGUCUGCAUUGGGGUACAGCGUGGGGGCUUCUGGUAAGAUGGGACAUACACAAUCUACAGUGAGGCAGAGGGUGGGCCCUGCUGACCCUCCCGGCAGGGUCGGCCUGGCCUCCUGGCAGGCCAGGCCCUGCAGCCCCUUCUGCUGUCAGGGCCUCAAGGCAGCUCUCGUUCGCUGUGUGCACUGGGAGUGGUCAGGGCAACGCAGCCGCCAGCAUGUCAGCCACAUCAGCAGUUUCGCUGCCUGCGCCGCCCCAUGACAGGCCUAACACAUGGCGGAGAGCCAGACCCCGGGCUGGGGUGCAGGGAGGAGGCCCCAGGCCUGGGUGGGAGUUGGCAGACACGGUGCUCAGAGGGAGGCAGGAAGGGGCCGGUGAGGGGGUGGAUGAGGGCCCGGCAUGGCUGCUCUCACUGCCCACCUCCCCUCCUCCCACCCGGGCUGACAGCCAAGCGGGGCAGGGUUUGAGGGGGGCUUGCGGAUGGGAGAGAGGGGGGCAGGGUCUCUCAGCGUCAGGACCCGAUUCCAAUGCAGGAGAGGAGAGGCACCCUCCAUCUUGGGGCUGGGAAAGCGAGGAGGGGUGCUGGCGGCGGAGAGGCCCCCAGCUGUGGUCAGCUAGGCUCUGAUGGGACAGUUGGCCUCAGAGAUGGGGACACAGAGGUGCCAGGAGAAGCCUCCGGCCUCGACUCCCAGAAGCAGGACUUAGGAGGCAAAGAAGGCAGCUGGUGGGGGCCGGUGUCUCACCCCGGGAUGCAAUGGGUGCUGUAAAUGGAACCUGGGACCCAGGCCACUAAUAAAUGUGUGUCU